GAAGCCACGAUGACUGCAGUGGACCUUUUCAACACUUUGGAGAAUUUAAAAGAAGAGGAAUUAGCAAAAUUCAAAUGGCAUCUGCAGCAAGACGUCCUGGAAGGCUUCCAACCCAUCAAAGUGUCCAAGCUGGAGAACGCAGAAAGGCAGGACACGGUGGAUGUGAUGGUGAGCACCUAUCAGCUAGAGGGAGCUCUGACGGUGACCAAGAAGGUUUUAGAGAACAUCGACAGGAAUGAUCUGGUCCAGAGUCUGCCAGACACCGACUCAGGACCACAAGAUCUGGCUGCUGCCAGCAACGUGCCUGAAGAAGACCCUGUGCCGAACCUGGAAGGCACGAAGUGUAAGGAGCACAAUAAACCUCUGGAGGAAAGUAAGACCAACCAGUCUGUUUCAGACCACAAGCCGCAUGAUGUUGUUCCUCUGAAAGAAGAAUAUGAAGGAAAGAAGGCAGAGCUGGAAAACACAGAUGCUGAAAUUCAGCAGAUGAUCCAGAAGAGACGACUGAAGAUUCAGGAGAUCAAACACUCAGUCGACCUCAGUGAGAAAGAUGCAGACAGAGAGAUAGCAGAAGGUGUUCAGGUCUUCACUUCUCUGAAGGAGUCUGCUGAGAGAGGCCUGAAUGAGCUCAUCAACACCAUCAAAGAGAAGCAGAAAACAACAGAAAAACAGGCCGAAGCUUUCAUCACAGAGCUGGAACAGGAAAUCUCUGAGCUGAUGAAGAGAAGCACUGAGGUGGAGCAGCUCUCACGCUCUGAAGACCACCCCCAUCUUCUCCAGAGGGUCCAGUCCCUAAACAUCCAACAACCUCCACUCACCAAGGAGUGGACAGAGGUCAGCGUCCUUCCAUCAUCAUAUGAGGGGACUGUGGUGAAAGCUGUGGCUCAGCUGGAGGAGACACUCAGUAAAGAGAUGAAGAAGCUGCUUGAAGCCGAGCUGAAGAGGGUCCAGCAGUAUGCAGUGGAUGUGACUCUUGAUCCUCAUACAGCACAUCCUGCUCUCAUCCUGUCUGAUGAUGGGAAACAAGUGAAUGCUGGUGAUGUGAGGAAGAAUCUCCCAGACAACCCAGAGAGAUUUGAUUAUUGUGUUUUUCUUUUAGGAAAACAGAGUUUCUCUUCGGGCAGAUUUUACUUUGAGGUUCAAGUUAAAAGAAAGACUAAUUGGAAUUUAGGAGUGGCCAGAGAGUCGAUCGACAGGAAGGGAGACAUCAAAUUGAGUCCUAACAAAGGUUACUGGACGAUAUGGUUGAGAAAUGGGAAUGAGUACAGAGCUCUUGCUGCCCCUCCAGUCCUUCUGUCUCUGAAGUCUCCUCCUCAGAAGGUGGGGGUGUUUGUGGACUAUGACGAGGGUCUGGUCUCCUUUUAUGACGUAGAUGCUGCAGGUCUUAUCUACUCCUUUACUGGCUGCUCCUUCAAUGAGAAACUCUUCCCAUACUUCGGUCCCUGUCCUAAUGCUGGUGGUAAAAACUCUGCCCCUCUGAUCAUCUCUCCUGUCAGAGUAAACUAAUCACUGAUCUCAUAUCAGGUAUUGAUUCAUUUUCAAUCAAGGGAACAAAUGUA